AUGCCAUUCCUUGACGACAUCAUCAACAUCCAAAAAUCAGCCAACAAUGUCAAAUUUGGCAAUUUUCCUUCUGAUUACUGCUUGCUUGAAGGUGCUGUCAUCAUUAAACUCACUGAAGAUGUUUGUGUUCAAGAAUAUUUAUUUCAUCGAUUCAAGGAACCAGCUUUUAUGGAUUAUGAAGAAGGUGAUGACAUUUAUAUUUCCGAUAACAGUGGGAUUUGGAUAAAGGUUGAGAUUCAAAGGAUUAAACCAUGCGACAAAGACUUGCUGAGUCCAAAAAAGUUCAAAAAGAAGAAAAAUAGAUUAAAGGCAUGCUUAAAGCUUUUCCAUUGCAUAACAAGCUCUGAGGAUGAAGAUUUCCAGCCAUUUAAUAAAGUGACAAAAGUUGAUGAAAAAGGAUAUGAAGCUGAUGAAGAAAUCGACCAAGAAAGCUACAAAAAUUCAUUUUAUCCUUUAAACUUGCAUGAAGAGGAAAUAGAAAUAAAUUUACUGGAAGUAGCUAGGGAUGAAGAUUAUGACGUAAAGGAAUAUGUUGAAAAAAUGAUUAUGAAAACCAUGAAAGAGAUUUAAUAGCCUAAUUCUCGAAUAAUUGAGAAGA